AUGGCGGCCGAGGAGGAGCGGCGCAGGGCUGGCCGCGCUGGUGGCGGCCACCGUGGCCCUGGCGCUGCUGACGGACGCAGGCGGGUGGACAAAGGCAAGGAGCAGCCUCCCGCCGAGGACAUCCGCUCCGCCUCCCGCAGCACCAACGAGCGAGCUCCUGCGCGGAGGCGUGCUCGGCGGGGCCACCCGCGCUCCGACGGCGAAGCGGAUGCCUCGGGCUCGCCCGCCAGUGAUCGUGCACGCCAUGGCCCUGCUGGACUUGACCGCGCUGCACAGGAGGAGCUUGCCGCCGCCAUCGAGGCCGCCGCCACCUUCCCCUCGCAGGAGCGGCAGGCCAUGCAGGUGGAGCAGACACCCACGGGCAAUCCUCAAGCUGGACCUCAUCACGCUCAGUCCGACCCGUGGCACUGCCCUGGGGGGGACCCGUGGCAUGAACGUGCUGCUCCUGCCGACGGUCACGCUGUUCCUCCUGCUGCGGGCACGCCCAUCGGCGGGAUGGCCACCCCCGUGGACGCCGGCGGCAUGGACAUGCAGGCCAUGCUGCAGAGCUGCAUUCGUCAAGCCACUGAUGCUAUCGCUGCCACCUCCAUGGCACAAGUCACGUCAUGCCAGACGCAGCUGGUGCGCACGUUUCAGACCCAGCAGGAGGCCGUCAACCGAUCCCUCGCAGUGCAGACGCGCGACAUCGCCACCAUCGGCCAGCGCGCCGACGCACUGGAGGCCGAGCAGGGCGUCAAGGUUGCCAAGCUCGAGAUGGGCGAAUCCCGCUACACCGACACGAUCAUCAGGUGGAACCCAGACAUGGUGGCCAGGCUGCACAUCGACAGGGAAUCCAUCAACAUGCAGUUCAAGAAGGCCUCCUCCGUGGAGGACAAUACCGAGCUGCGCAGACGCAAGCUGGCGCUGCUUGCAUCGUACAUGAAGGUCAACGCCAUCAUCGCUGUGCAAGAGGUCCACGGCUCCGAGGACGCCCUCAGCAUCCUUACCGACUCAAGAUACCUGGUCAAGCUCACGUACCUCCGCAUCUUCAUCGGCUGCAAGUCGCCCCGACACUUGGUCAAGUUCACGAAGUCCGCCAUCGACAUCCAUGUCAACGCCGAACUACACCUGUACAGCAUGCAGAUCUUCAACAUUCACAACUACGACCUCAAACCGCACGAGUUCUCUGCCAUUCAGCGUACCUGGUCCAGUGGCUUGGCGUGGGCGCGCCGCGACUCGUUACACCGCGUCUUCCUGGGCGUCGGGGACUUCAACAUUGCCUCCCGUCCGCCAGUCAGUCAACGGGCGCCCUCUGACGCUACGGCGUGGCGCCUACGACCUGACCGUCGAUGCCAACUACGACAACCUGCGUGGCGCCGCCUCUUCGCUGAUGCCAUGGAUAUUGAAUCCCAAUGGCCGACUCACUACGACAAGUCCUGCAAGCAGCUGCCCACGAUCGACCGCAUCUUCUUGGGGAUCGACGCGCACGCCAUGUUGUCGGUCUCAACGAUCCUGACCACCGCGAGGGAUGCGAUGGAGCUCUCUGAGGCUGGCAUCAGCGACCACGCGCCCCUCGUCCUGCAGAUGACAGCUGCUCGCCACGUCCCGCGAGACGAGCAGCCCAUCCCGACGCACCUCUUCAACCACAGGAAGUACCCCGAGGCCUACUCGCUCAUGCUGGCGCACUGCUCCCUAGCGGGGGAAACGGCGGAAGGUCGCUGGAGAGCAGCGAAGCAGUGCAUGAAACUGGCUGCUCGACGUGUUCGGGACGAACAGCUGAGGACCAACUUCUCCCUCCUCGUCAAGGACUCCACGGUCGAGACCUCGCACAUGGGCUUCAAAUCGGCGGCGAGAGCCGUAUGGCGUCAGGACGCUGUCUUUGCGGGCAGGCCCCUCGACUCCUGCCCCGCGCUGGCGGCCCACCUCCAAGUUACCGACGGCACCGUGCACAUCGUGGAUCCCAACAGCUUCGCCACUAACUUCGAUGCCAUCGCCGAGCGGGUGCACUCUAUGAGAAGGCAGGUGGCGGAGGCCGCAGCACGGACAGCCAACGUGCGCGACAGUGCAGCCUGGCGGAGAGUCGAACGCAAGGCCGCCAGACACGCUCAGCUAUGGGUUCCGUGGCGGCGUCGCAUGAUCCUCUCGGGCUUGCGCGUGGACUCCGCCCCGCGUGCUGCCAAGGACUCGCAGGUGGCUCAGCGCGUGGUCUCCGACCCCGCGGGCAUGAAGACGACGGUGGCGAACUAUUGGGGUGAGGUCUUCGCGAAGGUGCCGGACGCUGAGCAGCUCAAGACACUGGACUCAUUCUUGGACAAGCAUGCGCCGAGGAACCCUGUGGUGGGACUCCCUCAACCUGCCCUUCACAACCUUGAACGAGCGGUCAGCAGGGCACCACCAAGCGCUGCGGGACCUGACCAGCUGACGCAUGCAGCUUGGCGCCGCAGCCCUGGAGCGCUGCAGCACCUCCACGGGCUCAUGGAGGCCAUCUUCAACGACGGAGUCGCCCCGCUCGACCUCAACUGGUCGAUCUUCAUCUGCGUCCCCAAGGGUACGGAGGAGGACGACGUCCCUGACUCAUGCACGCGCACGGCAUCCACGGUGCGCACCCUUUCCCUCAAGAACUGCGACGCCAAGCUGAUUGCGGCAUGCGCGGAUCGAGGGCUCCAGCCUAUCGCCACAUCAUCUACAUCACCCGAGCAGAAGGGCUUCACUGCUGGGCGGCGUUUCGUCGACCACAUCCCAUUCUUGGACGCGGAGUGCCGCAGGGAGGGCCUCCUUCCUGAAGCUGCGUCCCGCCGCCCCAUGUUCCUGUCGUUCGACUUCCGCCAGGCCUUCCCAUCGCUCUUCAGGGAAGUCAUCGAGAAGGUUUUCCCGCGCUACGGGGUCCCGCUGGGCUUUCGCAACGUGAUCGUGGCGCUCUACAGCAACUGCCUCGCCUUCAGCUCUUUCCGAGCCGAGGGCACCAGUGCGGAGCUGGAGCCGCUGUUUGCGCUCAUGUGCGGUAUCAUGCAAGGAUGCCCGCUCUCUGGCACGGUCUGGCGCCUGGCCAUGGAUGCUCCCAUCCGCGCCCUGUUGGCAGCGAUCGCCGAGCAUGGAUCCCUCACGGCCUGCGUGGACGAUCUCGGGAUGCUGAUCAAGAACGCGGUCGCCCUCCCGAGCAUUGAUCGCACCUUCGUUUCCAUUGAGUUCGCCUUCAAUCUGCAGCUGGCCUUGCACAAGUGCGUGUUGGUCCCGCUGUGGGAGGAGAUCACGGACGACACACUGCAGAACGUCAAGUCAUUCCUAGCUGAGGAGGCCCCCCGCUGGAUUGGCUUCCGCAUUGACUCCUCGGCCAAGUACCUGGGAACUCACCUGGGCCCUGGUGUCACGGACUUUGGCAUUUGGAAGGCCGCGGCGGGGAAGUGGUGGUCCCGCUGCUGGGAGCUGGCGCGCACGGGCAUGGCCACCAGCCUUGCUGCCCGCGCGUACAACAUCAACGCGCUGCCGUGCCUGUCGUACCUGGCCCAGUUCUACUUCAUCGUGCCCGCCAUCUGGAAGGUCGAGUUCACCUCCCUGCACCGCUUGCUGCGUUUGCCACCGUCGUCCAUGCGCAAGGCGGACAUCCUUUCGAUGAGUGCGUGGUGUGGCUCACCGUCGCCGAUUGGCCUCUUCCCAUGCACGAUCGCCGCGACGAUGCGCUCAGCGGAGAACACGGUGCGGGGAUGGGAAGCUCACCUCCGCCACCUCCAUGAAGCUGCAGUGGAACACGUUCCGCUGACCGAUGUGAUCAAGGGCAACUGGUCCCCUCCGUGGUGGCGAACGAGGAGGGCGAUCGUGCAGAACUACGCCAUGAUCUCGGACUCCUACGGCAUGCUCGACAUCCCCAGACCGACGCUGGACUCGAUCACGAUCCCGAUCCCGAGCAGAUUCAUCCUGAAGGCGAAGGCGGCGAUGCUCCUGGAAACGAAGAAGGCGGCCGCUGCCACUCCUCCCAGGAAGCCCAAACGCCAAGCCACGGCUGCUGCUGUGCUCCGCGGCCUGCUGUACCCUGGGGACCUCGUCGCCACCAUCCACCGUCGGCUGCGCAGAUGGGGGGUCGAAUGCCCGCUGCCCGUGCUUCGUGAGAGAUGGCCCCCGCUGCGCAGCAAGCUGACGGAGGUCCGCCCUGCAUGGAUGUGGUCGUGGAUGCGUACGGCGGUCAAUGGCUGGACGACCUCGCGUCGCAUGAGCGCCGUCAUCGACGCUCGCCAGUGCAUCUUCGGCUGCGACGACGAGGACGCACUCGAGCACUACAUUCAGUGCCCGAUCCUGAGGGCGAUGGCCGCGGGCGAAGUGGGAGCGGACGCCAUCGGCAGCGCCCUGGAGCUCCUCGGCCUCGGAGACGAGCAGUACCACUCGAAGCGGCCCCUCGUGGACUGCAUCUACACCAUCGGCCUCAUGUGCCAGUGCUACCACAUCCAGAAGAACAGGAUGGACGUGGGCCUGGCCGUGGGCGUCGACCAGCGGGCCUCCGUGAGGCUGGCCGCGCUCCAUCGCAUGCAGGCUUAG